AUGACGACGACGACGGGCUCUGGCUGGCGGCACGCCUUCGGGCUGACCCGCCAGGCGGUCAAGGACGCCUCGCCGCCGGGCACCGUUGCCCUCGUGGACCACAGCGUCCACGAGGUCGGCGGCAACGACGGCGGCCGCUACCGCUACGAGGAUCGGGUAAAUCUUUACCCGAUUCCAACGACAUCGCCAGCGGACCCGCUGACCUGGUCCCGCUGGCGAAAAGGGGCGUGCAUGGCCAGCUUGGCCAUGUACGCCUUCGUCGCCAACUACAUCUCGGCGUCGAUGGCGCCGGCCCUGCCGCUCUGGAACUGCGAGUUCCACCGCGACCGCAGGCCGCUCCACGACCUGAUGCAGUUGGUUGCAUUCAACGUACUUGCUGUCGGACUUGGGAACGUGUUUUGGGUUCCUCUGUCCAACAUCGUUGGGCGGCGCCUCGUCCUUGUCGCGUCGACGUUUGUUUUGCUUGUGGCCACCGGUUGCGGGAUCGGGCUGUCGGGCUUCACCACGACCCUGAUCAUCAGGGUCUUCCAAGGACUUGGAAGCUCUGCCUCCGAGACGGUGGUGCCGGCUGUGGUCGGAGACCUGUUCUUCGUGCAUGAGCGCGGAGGCUGGAUGGCUUUCUACACGGCAUCAUUGGCCAGCGGCUCGGUAGUCGGAGGCAUUACCGGUGGCUAUGUGGCCAAUGACCUCGGCUGGUUCGCGCAGUUCCUCAUCGCGACGUACCUCGCCGGGGCAGCCUUCGCAUGUGCCGUCUUCCUCGUCCCGGAGACCAUGUUCGACCGUCCCCGGCCAUCUCUGCCGACCGAGAGAAACAUCCCACGGUUCUCUCGCAUCUUCGACACCGUCCCGGAGCCGGGUAGUAUCCGAGAGCUACCAAUCGCCUACAAUCCGGCGUAUUCACAGCUUUCGUCCGCUUCGUGGCGAUUGAGCCUCGGAAGCCUCCCAUCCAUGACGCUUACGAUCCCGUCGAUAUUCAAGUGGGAGCCGGCCCCUUCUGGUGCCUCAACGGAAGGGAUGCCGUGGUACGGUUCGACCAACUCGGACGAGGACCUCUCAGGGAGCACGGCGGCGCUAGAACCAGGUGCGCAACCUCGACCAGUCUCCAGUACGAGGAGCACUGUCCGCACAGCGCCAAGGUCGGAGCACCCACGUUACACCUUCGCUGAUUCCAUUCGCUUCGGCCACUACAGAGGCAAGGUGUGGUAUCAACUCCGGAAGCCCUGGUCAACCCUUCGACUCCCGGCAGUAUGGGUGAUCAUGCUGCAAUACGGCGGCCUAGUCGGCGGCGUGGCGGUCAUCUCGACAGUCGGCCCACAGAUCCUCUCACUACCGCCGUACCGGUGGGGCCAAAACGCGGGCCUCCUCUUCGUCGGCGCGCUGGUGGGCAUCAUCCUUGGCGGUUUCUGUACCGGCCUGCUCGCGGACCGGCAGCUCAAGAAGCGAGCGCACGAGCAAGACUACGGAUAUGCCGAGCCCGAGUCGAGGCUCGUGCUCAUGGUGCCAGCUCUGCUGAUCGGCACGGGCGGGUUGCUCGUCUUUGGGUUCUGCGCACAGUAUCCCGGGCGGUACCAGUGGAUCGGCUUAGAGUGUGCUUACGGCAUGCUGGCGUUCGCGCUCGCGCAGGUGCCGUCCAUCUGGUUCGGCUACCUGAUUGAUGCGUACGACAACCUGGCGAGCGAUUGUUUUGUGAUGAUUUGCAUCCUCCGCGGCCUAAUUCCCUUCGCCUGGACAUUUUUCGUGGCACAGUGGGUGGAGCGUGACGGGUACUUAGUUCCUUUUUGUGGUUUUAGCGGGAUACUGGGCGGUUUUGCAUUACUUACUAUUCCUAUCUUGGUGGUGGGCAAGCGUAUGCGAAUUGCCACGGCGGUUUAUGUCGAGGAUAAUCAAUGAUUCUGUUUAUCGACUUGGAUGUCUCGUUGUCGAUGAUUUGGAUGGCUGGCAGGAUUGAAUACAAGGUCAAUACAAUCAAAUCUCGAUAUACCUACCGAAGUUAUUAUUGGGCUGUUAGUGUCUAGUCGUGAACCUGUUAUUCAAGAGGUUGUCCCUUGCAGCUCCAGCCUUCUGCCUCUGGAGAUGAUUCUAGAUGUAGAAACCUCGGGAAACACGAGUAGGACUAACUUCCACCUCAAAACUGAGAUGUGUCGACACAUUCCGUCAACAAAUAACACGAGUCUUACACCAACCUCGAACCUGC